CUCACGCCAUCCAAAAGGCGCAAUGCAGUGGCAUCCUCCCCCAAAUGUUAUUGCGACCGGCAUUUUCAUGUGCGCUUGUGUUGCAUAAAAAUGCGUGUUCGCCACCAGAGAGGACAAGAUCUUGAAAAAACACAUGCCGCAGUGAUAUCACGAACACGAGGGGGUCGAUUGUGGUUUUUCUAUUCAUUCUUGGCGCGUUGAAUGAAUGCGCUGCAAGCAGGGCGCUAGACUGAGAGAUGUAUAUUUAAGCGGUUGCGCGGGGGGAGCGACGAGCUGGCCUUGCAAAACAGAAACUGCCAGCAGCGUGGAUUACUCUCCUUCCAUUUUAUUUGUUUCUACGGUGGCAGCAUUUUUUUCGCUUCUUCUCCUUACUUUCUUUUUCGCAUAUAUUGUUCAUAAAAGGAAUGGCGAGUAAUUACGAGGCCGACAACGAAAACUACUUUGUUUACGACGUGUUCCGGGCGUUCUGGACACGGGUGGUGGGGCUGUUCUUCCGCGAGGUGGCAGAGCGCAAUGCUCAUUUGAUUCCAAAGACGGGGCCGGUAAUCUUUGUAGUGGCACCGCACCACAACCAGUUUGUGGACCCGGUGAUUCUGCUGAUGCACGCAGUGCGUCGUGUGUACUUUUUGGUUGCGGCGGCGUCAAUGCGUCGCAAGUUUAUCGGGUUCUACGGGCGGGCACUGCGCGGGAUUCCGGUAGAGCGGCAGCAAGAUCUGGCCAAGACGGGGUCGGGGCGCAUCAAGUUGGAGGACAGGUACGCGGAGCCGACGCUGAUCAGCGGGAUCGGCACCAGGUUCACAUCAGAGCUGCAGCCCGGGUACAAGAUUAUGCUGUCGAAGAAUGCAGGGCAGGCAAAGGUCGUUGAGGUGAUUUCCGACACGCAGGUGCGGAUCGCGAAGGAAAUGAAGGAGCUGGCAGCGAUCGGACUGCUGACGUCGGUGGACGGGGCAACGUACAAGUGCGUGCCGCAUAUCGACCAGGACGAGAUGUACCGGGCAGUGUACGACCGGUUCAACAAGGGCGAGUGUGUAGGGAUCUUCCCGGAGGGUGGGUCGCACGACCGCACGGAGAUGCUGCCGCUGAAGGCGGGGGCGACGAUCAUGGCGCUGGGAGCGACGGCGGAGAACCCAGACCUGGGGCUGAAGAUUGUGCCGACGGGGCUGAACUACUUCCACCCGAGCAAGUUCCGCUCACGCGCGGUGAUUGACUUUGGGACGCCGAUCGAGGUGCCGGCGGAGCUGGUGGCCAAGUACAAGCAGGGCGGGGAGGCCAAGCGGCAGGCAUGCGACCAGCUGCUGCAUGAGGUGUCAGAGGGCCUGAAGCAGGUGACGCUGAACACGCCGGACUACGAGACGCUGAAGCUGACGCAGGCAGGGCGGCGGCUGUACAAGCCAACGCAGCACUCGCUGAGCAUGGCGCAGCAGGUGGAGCUGACGCGGCGGUUCAUCAAGGGAUACAGCGUGUACAAGGACCUGCCGGAGGUGCGGGAUCUGGCGGAGCGCGUGGAGGACUACAACACGCAGCUGCGGUACUACGGGAUCCGGGACCACCAGGUGGAGACAAUGCAGAUUGGGCGGUCGGAGGCUGGGAUGCUGUUCUUGUGGCGGCUGGUGUGGCUGCUGCUGAUGGGGGCGGCUGCGCUGCCGGGCGUGGUGCUGAACAUCCCGGUGUUUGUGAUCACGGGCAUCGUCAGCAAGCGCAAGGCGCGGGCGGCGCUGGCAGCAUCGACGGUGAAGGUGCGUGCGCGUGAUGUGAUUGCGACCUGGAAGAUUCUGAUUGCGCUUGGGCUGGUGCCGUUCCUGUAUAUGGUUGCGUCGCUGCUGGCGGUGUGGUAUGUGCGUCGCUCGCCGCAGCACGUGCCCUCGAGUCUGUCGUUUGUGGGCACGUGGUCCGGCAUGCAGCUAUACUGCGCGGCGUAUGCGCUGGCGGCGCUGGCGAGCUACACUGCGCUGAUAUUCGGAGAGCAGGCGAUGGACAUUGUCAAGUCGGUGCGGCCGCUGUUCCUGACGCUGAUUCUGGGGCAGGAGCACACCGAGCUGCUGGUGCGGCAGCGCGAGGAGCUGGCGACUGACAUCACGGAUCUGGUCAACGAGCUGGGCCCCAAGAUCUACCCCGAGUUCUCCAAGACGCGCGUCGAAGGCGGACCACCCGCCGACGAGUCGACCUCGGGCAUCGGCAGCGCAUUCCACGACACCAUGCAUAAGGCGGAGCAGGCGAUCCGGCAGCGCGUCAGGGCCAGGCUACACAAGCCGGCAGACGAGGCGGUGGAAGCCCAGCCGCCAGCGAUGGAGCGGCGGCCGUCCAAGUACUCGUUCAAUCCGCCGACGCCCGGUACGAUGGCAAAGCUCAAUGCAAUCUCGCCGAUGGAGUUCCUGGGCACCGGCGGCGAGGCAGCGCGCAAGCAGGCAGCCCGCAAAGACGACAUGUCGGUGACGCCCACGACAGGCACCUCGACGCCGCAGCAGCGGCAGAACGGGCUGUUCGACUUCAGCUGGGACGACGCUACCAGCGACUUUGCCACACCGGCCACCGGCAGCAAGUCACCACAGCAGCAGCAGCAGCAGCAGCAGCAGCAGCACCCGGACGAUGGCGUGCAUUUCCUGGACGAUGCGCCGGGCAAGAGCACCGGUAGCCCCAAGGCUGAGUAAAGCGUGGUUUGGACAAAAGUUUCUUCAAUUUCCUCAAUAU